AAGACCUCUUUGGAAAGGAAAGGAGAUUUUGUCGCCGGAAAAAAAAGCGUCUUCUUAUUUUUGGUAUAAUCCGCAGUCAGUAUGCAGGAAGAAGAUAGAAAAGCCUUGCGAAGUAACAGAGAGGCAUUGUUGAAAGAUCUAGAAGCGAAACGAGUCGCAUCGCUGCUUUACUCAAGGGAAAUCUUUAGCGAAGAAGAUAAGGACAGUGUGAAUGCUAAGUCGACUCCCGCCGAACAGCGAGAAGAAGUUCUGGACAUUUUACCUCGGAAAGGACCUAAAGCCUUCAGUGUGUUCUGUAAUGUUUUGCAUGAAGUCACUCCACAUCUAGAAGCACUACUGCGACCUAUUCAAGAAGACGGUAAGGCUGAUAUGUUGUUUUAAGUGAGAAUAUUGGUGAAGUCUAACUGUCCUAUACUUUCAGGCAGAUUUUUUGAUGGAAUGAAUGACUACAGCUCCAUCUCAAAUGCAUAAAUAAGCUUACGUGGUCAUUUUCUACAAAUUUUUCCAGACCUUCUGCAAAUGGCGCGAUUUUUAUUUUUGUAUUUGAACUCUCGCGCUGUUUGAACUCGGUUUAAUUGGCAGUUGAUAUUAUAUGCGUGUCUAUAUAUUGCUAUUUCGAUUCAAUAAGACUUCACGUUAAACUUAAAUCCUAUUAGCGUGCUAUCAAAAUAUUAGCUGAAAAAGUAAAGGUGUUAGUUAUUUGUGCUGACUCAGAUCUGGCGUCAUCUCCGUUUGAAGAUAACUUCCAGAAUAAAGAGUUUUCUUGGAAGGAAAGGAUGUCUGGAAUAUUAUAAUUACCUUUGUCUCAGUUUAUGAAUCUUGAGAGUAUUCCUUUUCCUUGUCAGUCGAAGCCAUUAUCACGUACGAUGCGUGAUGUCAUUGAAGGUGCAAUGUUUUGUAAACAUGUGAUGAGACAAAGGUAGUUUACUUGCUCAACUCUGUGAGCAGAAAUAGUUUUGUUUUCCUUGUUCUGUAUGAAAAUGCACGUGUUGUAAGAUUUUCAUGUAAUUUCUUUGGUUUUCCUGUCAAACCCAGUUAAUAUGGACACUGAAGAGGCCAUAAAAAGCGUUUGUAUUAAUAAAGUGUUCGGUUAAAUUGUGGAGAAAAUGUACAGUCUUUCUUUCCCCAGGGACAAAGCAAACUGUCNUUCUGCAAAUGGCGCGAUUUUUAUUUUUGUAUUUGAACUCUCGCGCUGUUUGAACUCGGUUUAAUUGGCAGUUGAUAUUAUAUGCGUGUCUAUAUAUUGCUAUUUCGAUUCAAUAAGACUUCACGUUAAACUUAAAUCCUAUUAGCGUGCUAUCAAAAUAUUAGCUGAAAAAGUAAAGGUGUUAGUUAUUUGUGCUGACUCAGAUCUGGCGUCAUCUCCGUUUGAAGAUAACUUCCAGAAUAAAGAGUUUUCUUGGAAGGAAAGGAUGUCUGGAAUAUUAUAAUUACCUUUGUCUCAGUUUAUGAAUCUUGAGAGUAUUCCUUUUCCUUGUCAGUCGAAGCCAUUAUCACGUACGAUGCGUGAUGUCAUUGAAGGUGCAAUGUUUUGUAAACAUGUGAUGAGACAAAGGUAGUUUACUUGCUCAACUCUGUGAGCAGAAAUAGUUUUGUUUUCCUUGUUCUGUAUGAAAAUGCACGUGUUGUAAGAUUUUCAUGUAAUUUCUUUGGUUUUCCUGUCAAACCCAGUUAAUAUGGACACUGAAGAGGCCAUAAAAAGCGUUUGUAUUAAUAAAGUGUUCGGUUAAAUUGUGGAGAAAAUGUACAGUCUUUCUUUCCCCAGGGACAAAGCAAACUGUCCGUAAUAAUGAGAUAUCCGUAUAAACCGGGAGUCCAUAAUACGGGGUUUGACUGUUUUUUUUUAGCGUAGAAAUGCCACUUAUCUGGAAGGUGUUGGAGCAUCCAAUAAUAGAUUUCGUGUCUGAUAAGAUAUUCCUCAACCUUAUCACUUUUUGAAUUAAAUAUAUUUUGUGUGAAGUGGAAUUAAAGUGUCCUUGACCUAAUAUAUUUUUAUGCAGUUCCUUAGUGUCAGAUGUGAGAAAAAUUAAAAAUAUCUUUCUUUAUUCUUUGUGGUGUACACAAUCUAACAAAAAGUCUUCUGUAAUACACGUAAAUACCUUAGCGUGGAAGUAGACUUCAAAACUCCUGUUGUCAGAGGUGGAUAUUGAUAUAUUCUAGGAUACCUUUGAAAUCUUUGUAAAGUAAAGGAAGUUUAAAUCAUGUUACCUAAACUAUGCUCCAGCUCUACAAAACAAACCUCUUUUUCCUUACUGCCUCAUGUCUUAUUAUGGCACUGUUUUUCUCAACAAAUAAAGAAAGCCUUGAGAGCAAAGUUUAAAAGACCAUAUAACAAUAAUAUUUUUCAUGUUUAAUAGAUUUUUUUUAGAUUCAAAAUUCCUUUUCCAAGGCUAAGGUGCUGCAUCCAAGAAAAGACAUACCCAAUGCGUUAGUGGCACAAACAGGAAACUUUGUAUUUGGGUCCAGUGAGGUGCCUAAAUGAACAACAUCCUUUACUGGAACCCAAUAUGAAGCUUUGUGUUCUUGAAACUGAUACCAAUUUUGACUUAAUCUGUUUAUUUAGACAUUUUUAAUGUUGUGACAUAAUACAACAUUGUGGCAAAAGUUUAUGAUGAUGAAGGUUGAAGGCAAUUUGAACUUUUUCUCCUGCACUAGGCAUUUUUACUCAUGUGUGUGUUCUCAAUAGAACAGGACCUAAGAGUUGCCUGUUGUACUUUGUGUAGUGAGUUACGCAUGUAUAUGAGCCUCUAGAUAAAAACUGAAUUUGUCAAUGAUCUUUUUUUUUACCAGAUGAAGGUAUUGAUGGACCAGGCAGUACUGCACCUAUUCCUGCAUCUGGAGUCCCUUCAGGUAUAUAAUAUUUAGCUAGAAAAUCAGAAAAGUGUUCAGAUAAAAAUCUUGCUUGUAAGGGCAAAAGAAUUAACCUUUUAUUCAUUUGGUUAUUUUACAAGAGAUUAAUGAAAGAGCAUUGAAUUAAAUUGGUUAACUAUAUACAGUGUAUAACAAUGUCAGCUAGAAUCACCAUUUGCAAUUUGCAAUUUGUAUAACUGCAUGACGUACUCAGUACGUCAAAAAUGAGAGAGUAUCAGUCAAAUCCCUGGCACUGGAGAUGUAAUUAACCUGGCCACCCAGGCCCAAACGAAGUUAGUAGACUGGUAACUACUAGUGCCUAGUCUUAGAUUUAGCAAAAUGGGUUUAUAGAUCAGACAUAAACACUUUUGUGCGCCGUCCACCAUAUUGCUUUCAAGAAGCACAUAGUUGGAAGAGCAAAGUAAAAUUUGUGUUCAAUUUUGAAUAUGGGGAGAUAUGAAACUGCUCAAGAUGUGUGAGAUGAAGUAUGGAAUGAUUCCGGAGAGGAAAAUGUUUCCAAUAGUGACAUCGAUUUUAGUGAUUUUGAGGAGAACUCUGGAGCAAAUGAGGAUGAUGAAAGUGUCGACUCUCAUGAUUCAGAGGCUGAAGAUUCCUUUGACAGUGAAAGAUUUUUUGUUGUAGUUGCAGAAAAUGUAUACUUGUUGUAUGUUACUUCUUAAUGCCUGGGCGUUAUUGGUACUUAAAACGGGUAGUGUCUAAUUUUAAAAAAAGUUCGUUUUGUAUUGGCACAGGACUUCUCAAUGGGGUUGGCAGGGAAGGGGUUCAGAAACCGUUAUCAUACCACUAACCUAGGGUGGGAUGAAAAGGGGCAGAAGUGCCUCCAAAGACAGCUAAUGUGUAGGCAAUAUGAACAAACUAGUAUGAUUUUAACAGGAGAGCAGUAAAUGUAUUUUGCUCAAAGUUGAGGCAGCUCACAGGGUUGUCAAAAGUAGCCGACUGCUUGGUUAGUAACAGCCAGCUACUCUGCUUGGCAUUUCUUUAUGGAUGGCGUUUUUUAAAUAAAAUAUCUCUGGACUGGCUGCUUACUUUGACAACUCAGCCAUCUACUUCAAAACUUUCUGACGACCCUGAGCUUACCAUGUGAGAAGAUUAUGAAAGAUAUCAGGUUGUAAAAUUUUAUAAGUCACCCCCCAAAGACAAACCCCAACAUGAUCCUCCCCUGGCAUGCAAAUACCAACAUCCUUGAGGACUGUCAAGUACUUGCUUGGUCAAGAGUGCAAUAUGUUUUCCAUUGUUGGUGACUUUGACAGCAAAUUGGUGAAAAAUGAUUUCUUUACUUAAAUGAGAUUUUUGGGAAUGGCUGGCCUCCAAGUUUAAUAUCCUUGUUGAAACGAUAGUUAUGUACAGCUGAAGAAAAUACUGUGUACAAGAUCUGCCAUUUUGCUUGCUUCAGUCCCACACUACUGGUCACCAGUUUAGCCCCAUUUGAUUAAAUGCCUUGCUAAGAUAAUAUGAAUUGCUUGAACUUCUAUCCAUCCAUAACAGAAUUUAAAUGUUGGGAAAAAUGUUCACUGCAGAGCAGUGUCGUUUCCAAGUAUAAUGUAGGCAUAUCUUUUUGUAUAAUUUUAGUAAUCACACUGUACAGUGUAGGGCUUAGGUAAUUUCUUUGUUUUGUACUGCACAACACCUACUGCACACAACAUUGCAAUAUAGAAGAUGGUGGUAAUUGUCAUUGGUCACCUGAAGAGAGGUGAAAAGGCCUCUUUUGUAGUCUAAAUGGUUUUAAUAGAGGUUGGGAUAACUCUUUGUGGCUGAAAAGGUGCUGGUCUUGAAACUCACCUCAGUUGUUUUGCCCAAAAUGAUCAUUUGAAGCCAAAAUUGCUACCUUGUUGUCUUUUUGCCAUAAAGCAAGAAUGGUGACCCCCUAUUUUAUUGGUGUUUUUAGUGGUUGUGGCUAGCUGUACACGAAAAGUAUAUUUUAAGGAGAGGAAAAUCUGGAUAGUAGAAGUUGCAUUAAUUACAUUUGUAGAUAUGAAUCACAUGAAACUCCCUAUUAAUUUGGAGCCACAGAGGAGUAGGAGGUUAUGUUAAAACUGUUCAUUUUUCUUACAUUUUUUUGCAAGAUCGGCUAAUAUGAAGUCACUUUACUGAAAGCUAAUAGUCUAGACAAACAAAUGAGCUUAAGAAUUUAGGAACAUUCACAGUUUUUGCAAAAUAACAGAAAUCUUAGACAGUUGUUCAAGUUUCAAACAUUUUGCACACAGCUACAUGUAGGAAAAACCCAAAGAAUUACAGACACACAAGGUGAAAACAAGCACCCAUCUUUUCCUCACUUCUUUUGCAUUAUUUUAUUCUCUUGUCUAUGUACUAGGCUUCUUUUCAGUGCAAAAAGUUUCCUUAAAAUGCCCAAAGAUCAUGAAAUUAUUUGAUAUGAAGUAUGGGUGUGUUCUGGAACAAGAUUUUUAUUGGAAUUGUUUAGUCAAUUUUACAUGGUUUUUGUGUUUUCUCUGGCCUGUUUGACUGAAUCAUAACCAUGAAUGCAGAAGGGUCAAAGUUAUCUAUGACUAUGAUGUUACAAGUGCUAAAAGAAUGAGGAACCGUAUGAAUGAUUUAGCAAGGUCUGACUCAUUUUUGGACUGGCUUCUCAGACCACUCUGAUAGUGGGGAAAAAAACAACAGACAUGCGCAUUUUUUUUGUACAUUUCCAUCUGGACUGCAUUUUUGGAAAACCUGUCAGUUGGUCUUGUCAGACUUUAAUCAAGCUGACUUCAUUCAAGGAGACCUUACCAGUUUUGGAAUGUGAUGGUAUUCUGUGUUACUCAUGCUUAUUUGUUUCUUCAUAUUAGGUAAGUCCUUUUUUUCUUGUUAAAUGCAAUUUUGUGUUUUAUUGUUAUUGUUAUUAUUUAAUAUUAACAGUUUGUUUCUAUCUGUAAUAUUAAUAAACAAUCAAUUCUUUAGUUUUUGAGACAUAACGUUACAGAGUUGAAAACAACACAGUCAAACCUGUGUACAAUGGUCACCCUUAGGAAAUGGCAAGGUGACCGUUAUAUACAGGGUGGCCGCUAUACAAAGGGCAACUUUGCAGAAAAUAUAAGACAACUGAAAAUUUUGGGAAGUUGUCCGGUGACCAUAAUAUACAGGGUGACCACUAACUACAGCGCCAUUAUAUGUGUAUACAGUUUUGACUGUACUUUUGUCACUGUCUUAAUAUGAUAAGUGCUUACCUGCUUGUUAUGAUGAAUUAGGCCCUGUCCACACGAAUCCAGACAUUUUAGAAGCUGCAUAUUUUUUCACCCAAAAUUGUGUGGCUUAAACCAUUCUGGAGAGCGGUGUCAAAAUAUGUGGUUUUAGUGAGCAGAUUCAAUGGUUUUGUGUGGAUGAAAGGCCAGUUCGUGUAAAAAAAAUGCAGUCUCAAAGAUAUCUGAAUUCGUGUUGAUGAGGUCUUAAUGAAUGUGGGGAAGAAGAAGACAAAGAAGAUGCAAAACCGCUUAUACUGUAACUUCUUUUGUCUGUGCACCCCUAGGUACAGAGUAACACUCUGGACAGUAACGUGGAUUUGUUUAGUAACUACAUUGGAGCUUGCCACAACCUGCAGACUCCUCCUGAGGGCCUUGUUGUUUAUUUAUUUAUUUAUUUAUUUAUUACAAAUUCACUCCACUACAUUACAAGCAAAUAAUGAAAUGAAAUAAGCUAACACUACUAUAAGAAAAAAAAAAAGUUGUGGAGAAGGAGACAACUAAAAGCGCCAACGUGCCAUACUAGGGAUGCCCCCACUAAUUAAAAUAUAAGAAAAAUAUAUACAAAGAGAAAUAAAAAAUGUUCUAGUUAUCCUUAAUAAAGCUUAAAACAUUUCUUUGAAAAGUUGCAAUACUGUUUGAUUCUCUUAUAUGAUUGGUUAAACCAUUCCAUUCAUCUACAACAUGGUUAAAAAAACUAUAUUUAAAACCAUCAGUUCUACUAAAAUUUGGAACAAGGUACUUUUUGUCAUUUUUCCUCAAGUUAUUACCUGUAUUUCUGUCCUUACAAAAUAUGAGCUUAUUUGAAAUGUCAAUAUCAUAAUGUCCAUUAAUUACACUAAAAAAAAUGUAACCUCUCUAGUGAACCUGCUAUUAGAUAAUGACAACAAUUUUAGCUUAGAUAGUCUAGUGUCAUAAUCAUCAUCAGACCUAGUGAUCCAUCUGGUAGCUCUUUGCCGAACAGCCUCCAAUUUAUCAAUGUUACGUUUAGUACAUGAGGGUUCCAAGUUUCUCAUGAAUAUUCUAAUAAAGGUCUCACAAGACUACAAGAAAGUGUGUUCAUGGUAUCAAUAUCCUUUAAGUCCCUACCAUUCCUCUUAACCAACCCUAAAACCCUAUUAGCCUUAGCAGUUAUUUUAUCUACGUGUUGGUUCCAUGAAAAAUUAUUAGCAGUAAAUAAUCCCAAAUCUUUAUACACAUUAACACUUUCCAAAGGUUGACCUUCAAUAUUAUACUCCCCAAGUAAGGGUGACUUUUUCCUGGUUAUUCGCAUGAUCUUACAUUUCUUGGUAUUAAUUCUCAUGUUAUUCAUUUUACACCAAUCUGAAAUUUUAUCUAUGUCACUUUGAAAAGUAGACAGAUCUUCUUGAGUACUAAUAACCCUAUACAUUUUACUGUCAUCAGCAUACAGAGCAAUUGAACUGUCCUUACUAAUUACCCCCGGUAAAUCAUUGAUGUAGACUAUGAAGAAUAAUGGUCCCAACAAAGAACCUUGUGAGACACCAGAGGUUACGGUUAACCAGUCAGAAGCCUCUCCUUUCACUAUAACACGCUGUUGACGCUGUUUGAAAGGCAAUGAAUGCUAAUCUGGGAUUAAAAAUUCACCAAGCUUUGGUUUCUCUAUUUUGAAAUUGUUUAUCAUGAUUAUAAAGUUGGUCAAAAUUGAAAGUGUAGUGUACUGGGAUAAAGUUCCUAAGAAUGUAUGUACACAAGGUAGUAAAGUUAUUUAUCUCUGAAUAAAUAGAUCAUUCUUCUGUCUGUUUCAAGGUUGUUAAUGUGUUUAAUUUGUGCCUUUGUACAGUAUUAGAGGUAACAGAGUACAUUUCAGAUUCAUUGUGGGCAUUUAAUCACCUUUCAAACAAUCAGUCAUCAUAGGAGGAAAUUUAGCUAACAAUGCAGGAACUAAUCGUACUUAUCCUGAGAAGACAAGUCAUCCAAAUUAAAACAACAUUUUCCUGUUACCAGUGUAGUGUAAAAUGUGAGAAGCAAUGCAAUGUUUCUGCAGUAAAUUAAAGCAUAAGUAUUAAAGUUAUCUGUUUGUACAUCAAGUUAACCUCUUGUGGUUUUAAUCAUAAAAGGGAUUCAUGAAUGCAAUGAAGUAGUUAUCUUGGAGCUUGAUAGAGUACAUUAUUUCCUGUUGAAACAGUAAUAAAAACUAAGCAAAUCUAUACUGCAACCCUGUUGCAUAAAAUUUGUUGCAAACACACAUGGCUGCUUAAUUUGAUUAGACUGAAAAAUAGAAUAAAUCAUUCGUUAAAAAAUAGUUCAGAGCACCUUUACAUCACAAAGACUCAUGUUGAGUGGUAUUUUGAAUUGCAGAAGAAUUUGAUGAAGUUGACAGUCCACCUGGACCUGGGAGCCAUGAGCUUGAUCAUUCAUCAGGCGAGCAUGAUGAUAUCUUGAGGUACAAGAUGAGUCGCUCACCCAGAGGAAUAGCUGUCAUCAUAAAUAACAAGAAGUUCCUUGAAUCAUCAGGGCAACAUAUGGCUCAGCGUGGAGGCACAGAUAUUGAUCGUGAUGCUUUGAACAAGCUUUUCAAGAAACUUCAGUUUAAGGUGGAAGUGCACAACAAUCAGACCAAAGCUGAGAUUUUGCGGAUUGUAAGAGAGAAAGCAACUUCUGACCAUUCACUUUAUGAUGCUUUUAUUUUUGCUAUCCUGACACAUGGAGAGGAGGGUUUGGUGUAUGGUAUAGAUGGUACUUUAAGGAUAAGAGAAAUUACCUCCAAGUUCAAGAAUAACAAAACCCUGGCUGGCAAACCAAAGAUCUUCUUUUUCCAAGCUUGUCAAGGUGAGGAGAAAGAUGCUAUUCACUGACCUUACUUUAUUUCAAGUAUAAAAUUCUUCCUUUCCCCUUUCAAUUUGUUCUCUCUGUAAUGAGUCCCCUCUCCUUUAAUUUAACUAUAUUUUUGUGGUGACAAAUAGACAAACAGAAUUCAGUUGUGAGUAUCAUUUAAUAGGAUAUCAUACACAGUACUCAAACACACAAAUAGUUGUUCUUUUUUAAUGACUAUUAAUAGAUAAUGUUACUCUCAGAUUGUCAGAUUGUCAGUCAACUGAUUUUGUCAAGCUUACAUUAUUGUACCUGGACAUUGUUACAGAGAUUUAAAAUAAUUCUGGCAAUGGGUAGUCCAAACUGUGGUUGUUGGUCAUACUUAUGGGGUACACAGUCAUAUAGCUGGGUUCCACCAUAUGAGGCUUGAAACCUCCUUAUACUCAGCUUAGAGGAUGAUAAUCAUUUUUUAUUGUCACACAAAUAAAAGUCAUUUUCCUAAGUGAGAGUUUUUGGAACUCGGAAAUAGCCUAUGAAAUAUACUCAGCAUAUAUUUUGAAAUUGUAGGUCAGGAAUUCAUGGAUGGAAUGGAUGUCUUUGAUGCCCCCCUGGAGCCUGAUCCACAAGUUUCUGUACCUGUAGAGGCUGACUUCAUCUUCGCUUACUCCACUGUGCCUGGCUAUUACUCUUGGAGAAAUAAUACUGAAGGAUCUUGGUUCAUUCAGUCAGUAGUUGAGGUGUUUAAUAAGUAUUGCUAUCAUAUGGAUAUCCUGCAAAUGCUCACUAAAGUGAGUGCAUUGGUAUCCAAUUACAAGUCACGAAACAAUUUUGCAUCUAACAAGAGGCAGGUGUCUUCUACAGUAUCAAUGCUGAGAAAAGACUUGUAUUUCUUCCCUGAAAAGGUUACUGAGUCAAGCAAUAAUGCUGAUGACACCUCAGAAUGUAGAGUGACUUAAACUUUUUACUCCCAAGAGCACCAAAUGUAAAAUUUCCUUAAAAAUCCCAAAAUUUGUGAAUCAUUGAAGAACAUCUUAAAGGAAAAAAUACUGCUCGAGGUCAGAGCUGUCACUUAGAUUUCAAGAUACUGGGUACAUGUAUAUGCCAUUAUUCGACUCAGAAUUUAACAGCUAGAAAUUUUUUGGGCUGGUUUAUUUUAUGUAUGUUUCCUAUGAAAGUAGCCAGGAUGGUGCUGAUAGAAGCCAGGGAGCAUCCCCUGCCCCAGGCAUUUAGUGACAGCCCUGUCAAUGAAAGGUGGAAAAACAUGUCAGGUCUGUUUGUUGUCUCUUGGAUUGAAAGGAUUCAAUAAUACAGUACCCAGGAGGUUUUGUGUUUUUUCUGCCAAAUUAAACAAAACUAAGCAAAAUGGCACAUUAGACCUUAGUGUAUAACAAUCUUUUUCACCCUCAGCCAGUAAUAGUAAAACAUAGGGAAAAAACCCUUUAUGUAAUAAAACCUCAUUAUAGCAAACAUUUAUUACCCUUCAUUAUAUCAAGAGUCCACUGAUAUUAGGUUAGUGGAAGCAAACAAUAAAUUCCAGCAAGAGUCAUUUCAGCCAAUCAGCAGGCAGUGGAAAACAAUUAGAUGCUGAAAGUUCAAAGUUCAGAUUUCAGUACCUCAAGAUUAAAAAGAAUAUCACGUUAUUUUAUGUUUUCACUUAUAGAUGUAUUAUCAAAGUUAGUCAAAAAUAUUACUACAAAAUUCAUUCAUGUCCAAACAGUAGACCAGUUUAGGGAUUGUGUGAAAUUAGGUUGUGCCCUGGGUUAUGCCUUUGGGAAAGUACUAAUUGAUUGGCUGAAGCACAGUCAUUUCAGUCUAAAAUCCUCAGGUCUUUUUUUAUUCUCAUUGGCUUAAAUAAAUUUUUCUGGAAUUUAUUGUUUAAUCCCUUAAGAUCACAUUGUAACUGCUGUUAUUGCAUUGUGGGUGUGUGUCACCUGUACAAUGAAAAUUGGUGCUAAGUUUACUUUGCCAAGGAAAUAAUAUUACACUGUUCUUGAAUUUUGUAUAUAAGAGCAAAGUUGUGCUUACUUCACGCAAAGUAUUAAUAAUAUUUUGGCUACAUUGUAGAAUCUUGUGGUAAUGUUUAACCUAUUGAGGCUACUUUUUUACACUUUCAGCUAUUAGGAAAAACCAUUACUACAGUUCAUUAAGUGUUUCAUUAAAAGUUUUUGUGAUUAAUUUUGUGCACUUCAUCUCACUUCAUGUGAAGGAAAUUUUUUUGUUACUUAAUAGUUUUGGAAUUAGAAAAAUCUUGCAGUGUUAUAUUCAAGAAUUCUUUAUUUGAGAAAUUCAUUUCAUAAAAGUAGCAUUCUUCAUGAAUAUCAUCGUUUUUUUAUCAUUUUAUAUUUUUUUAUUUUGUUGUUUUAUCAUUUUUAACGUACGUGUACUUUGAAACUCAGAAAACCUUGAAUACCGUGAAACAUUUCUGGGAUACUAUUGUGUUGCAAAGAAAAAGCCAAUUAGGCCUGAGAAAGCAAAACUGUAAGCCACAGUGGUAAUUAGUUUAUGGUUUUGUGGCUGUGUGCGUGUUCUUUUCUUUGUUGUGAUUGGUCACAACACAAUAGAAAUUCUCGAAAUAUUUCAGGUGUUUUGUUUUGCUAAUUUUGAUGAAAAAAAUAAUUAAUGUUGAAAAUACCUUAAUGUGCAAUUAUUUAUUUAUGGGUAUAAGAGAGUAAGGCGAGGAAACAUAAUGGAGUUAAUUAGAGGACUUAGUUAUGAAACAGUCUGAUAAAAUAUUAAUAAUGUAGGAUAGGCUUCUCAAAUACCAUAAAAUGAUUUUGAGACGGAUCAGAAUGGCAGAUCCAGGGGAAGUUGGUGGGGGAUCUUAGUCCUCUAGGCCCAGAGUGUUUCAAUUCUAUGAAACAAAGUACUUUUGAGCAGAAAUUUGAUACCACCAAGGGUCACCUACUACUUUCCUCUUACUUGUGGUUGCUUUGUACUACACCUGUCAAGAAUGAAAUUGCUACAAAAUAUUGUGUGUUGGCAAAGAAGAGAAAAAAUAAUUCAGACACCCCCCUCUCCCCUUCCCCCCUGGAAAAAAUUCUGUGUGGAUCCCGAUUUACAGUAACAGGUUUCUGUUUACAGGAAACCUGCAUGUCAAAGACCAAUAACAUUUAAUGAUUUUUAAAAGACAUUGUUUAAUGAGCAAGGAGUCGACCUCUGCCAUAUUGAGUAAUAUGAGUCAAGCCAUUUUAGAGUGUUUAAACAGUUUAUUUUUGAAGUUGUAAUAUUUGUAAUGUCUCUAUUUAUUAAAAUGAUAAUAUUUGAAAAUGAUGUUCAAUUGUCUUUUUUGGUAGAUUAAUACUUAUCACAGUUGAACCUCUCCAUAACGGCUACCUUGAGGACCGAAGAAAGUUGCCGUUGUACGAUUGGUUUGAACAAGAGUCAGUGUAUGGACUGUCUGCCAAAAAAGUGGCCGUUAUUGGAUGCUCGACUCUAAUAAAACGAAAACUUAGGACAGAAAAAUUAAGGACGUAAAUUAUGUUAACCGGGGACAAGUUUUCUGUUAUUGUUUUCUGUUACCGUGCCUUGUAGCCUUUGCUUUUUGUUCCGGAAAACGAAGCAGAAUGGUAACUAACCGCGUAAGCAGAUAUUUGAGAAGACUUAAGAAAAAGUAUUAUUCCACUUAUGGGGCCUUCCUUCAUUUGUUUUUUAUUUUGAAAGUUUAAAGCAUUUGAAGCGAGGAAACAAUUGAAGCUCGUGAGUUUCCCUUCUCCUUUAACUGGCCUCAACGUAGGCUAGCUUUGUCACUGUCACUGAAAAUGACUGAAAAAUAAUAAUAAAGAAAAAUAACAUCGCCGGAAAAACAUUAUUCUCGUAUUCUCAAUAGACUUUAAAUUCACCAUCACAUUUGUCUCGUUGGGUAUGUGCCAUCUAUAGACAUUCCAGCCCUAGAGGCAUGCGAGAAUUUUUUUCAUAUAAACCUAGUUUAAUGGCAGUUAAUAGCUCCACGAGUUUCCCGUAGCUCAGUUGGUAGAGCAUCGGGACUAGUAACCAGAGGGUCAUAGGUUCGACUCCUGUCAACAGAUCUCAGAAUUUUUCAGGUCCCUGGCGUAGCCUGUGUAGAGUGGAAAAGCGUCAUUCUCUCGUUUUUUAUUUAUAUAUUUAUAUUUAUGUUUUUUUCACAGAAAAUAAUGAUCAAGCUGAUGCCAAACUGUUCAACUUUGGUGGAGGGGGUUCAGCUGCCAAGUCUUCAGCGAACACCAUUGACAACGACACAAUUUACAAAAUGAACAAGUCGACCAGAGGAAUUGCUGUCAUUAUCAACAACAAAGACUUCCUUAGAUCUUCGGGAAUGGACCGCUACCCACGUAAUGGCACCGAUGUUGACCGCGAUGCCUUGGCAAAGUUGUUCAGGGCUCUGAAGUUUGAUGUUAGAAUUUACAACAACCAGACCAGGGCUGAGAUCAGAAGAAUCACAAAAGAAAUGGCAACAACUAAUCACAGCCCUUAUGAUGCAUUCAUUUUCUCCAUCUUGACACAUGGUGAAGAAGGUGUGAUUUAUGGCACCGAUGGUACCAUGGCCAUCAAGGAUCUUACUGCAAUCUUUAAAGAUUGCGCUACUUUGGUUGGCAAGCCAAAGAUGUUUUUCUUCCAAGCAUGCCAGGGUAAGAAACAUGUAAUAGAGCGAUUUUCGUAUGACCUUGAAAAAUGGUUUCGGUAAGUGUUCGUUAUUUGUUUUAUUAGCCAAUCGAUGAAAAGAUCAAAACAUGGACUCUUCGUUUUCCCGCCAAAGAGAACCCUAAUACGGAGAACGCAUUGUUCGAUUGGCCAAUCGUGUUGCAGUAUGACGUCAAAGCGAUUUCUAGAAAGUUCUUCGGGCAUGAAGUUUUUUCAGCCGAGCUUUCGCUUAACCAACCAAAAGCGACGCGCGUUUGUAUCCGUUCGACAAACCAAUCAAAUCGCUCUAUUUCCCUUCGUUUGUUGUUUCUGUUUUGUUCGCAAGUUUUCAUUUCAAGGUCGUACGAAAAUCGCUCUAAUAUGAUUUCCUUGUUUGGUGGGUUAGAGCUGCUGUUGCGACAAAAUUGUCGUCUUAACGGUGUAUUUUCAAUUGAUAUUAUGUUAUAAUAUGGUUGCCACAGGUCAGGAAAUGGUCAGGGAAAAAAAUUUCUUCACGGUCAGGGAAAAGUCAGUAAAAUUUCACUUCGAGUCAGGGAAAAGUUAAAUGUUUGAAAGAACAAGGGAAAAGUGAAAAUUUUAAGGGUACAUUUUUAUUCUUUUCCCUCUGCUUUUGCUGUUUUCUGACAUUUAAAAUUCUUUUGUACAUUUUACAGACAUGAAUCGUGUUGUAUUGGUAGAAUAUUGGUCGUGAAAUUGAAGAAUGGCUGUGAGGGGAGGGCAUCAGGUCUAAUAUGUGAAAUUGUUAAUUCAGUUGGUCAGGGAAAUUUUAUAUUUGUCAGGGAGAAGUUAGGGAAUUUCCGAAACCUCUUUGUGGCUGUGGCAAUCAUGUAUAAUGUUACUAAUUCUUUCUGAAUAAGGGCAGAGACAAAUUUUGACUAUCAAUCUAUCUCACGCAUAGCGCUUGAAUGCUGAUUUUCCCAAAUUAACGAUUUUCAUGAAAAAAGUUUUUUUGUAUGCCAGAUUGAGUACUUUGCUUGUUCUUGCCAGGCAAGAGUUCGACUGGUCAUAUUGAAGAAGAACAAUUUUGAAGAAAAUAACAAAUAUAAUCAUUGUAGUUCUCAAUAUUUGUCAGCCAAGUGUAUUAUACUUGAGAAAUAUGAUUACGUACGAUUCUUCACCAAGUAGAAAUUUUGGUAGUGCUACAGUCUUCUUUCGUCCCCGCAGUAGGGUUAACAAAAACUGUUUUCCUUACCAUUUCAAGGGCACGAGUACAUGGAUGGGAUGGAUGUAACAGAUGCCCCUCAACAGGGAAGCAAAGUGUCUGUGCCAGCGGAAGCCGACUUUGUCUAUGCGUAUUCCACAGUUCCAGGCUACUACUCCUGGAGAAAUUCCGUGAAUGGCUCAUGGUUCAUACAGUCACUGACAAAGGUAUUUGAGGAGAAUGCUGAACGCAUGGAUAUCUUAAGAAUGCUGACCAGAGUCAACGCUAUGGUGUCAACGUACAAGUCGCGAACCGGUGAAUAUUACUCUGACAGCAAGCGACAGGUGUCUAGUGUUGUGUCAAUGCUGCGUAAGGAACUGUAUUUCUUUCCAGAGAAUGUAACUGAUCAGAGUUAAGAAUCAAAGGCAGGCAGUGUGUGACUCUAGGUUAAAAAAGUUGUGUUAUUGUGAAAAUUUUUAGCCGUACUGAAUGAGAAUAUCGAAUAUUAUGUCGUUUUGAAACGCUUGUAUCGCUCAGUCCAUUUUGGAGUUCCAAAACUACUCGCUAUGAAAACGAGGGCAAGUGCAAAACCUUUCAUAUGAAAACGAGUUUGAUUUUAAUGAGAAUAGAAAAAGAAUGUUAAGGCGACUCGCAAGUGCUCUAGUUUUUUCUCGUUUUCUUUUUAGGCUCAGACAACACUGAAAAGCAGGAAAAAAAAAAAGCUUUUAUCUGACUCGAUACUCAGAAUGUUUUUUCCUAACCCUUCUUUGAUCUUAGGCCCUUUAAUAAGCUCUUCAUUGGGUAGAAGAGUGGGAAGAAGUUUUCUAUUUACCACCAGUAUUUCGAUGUUCAUAUAACAGCAUUUCCGUGUACAAGAGUCUUGUAUAAAGUUAUCCAUCUGCCUUUUGUAUAGCCUGGGUAGCAAGCAUUUUUUGGCGCGAACUCGCGCAGCAACGUUUGUUACGCAGCCCGGGUUACGCAGGUGAGCGUUUUAUAGUUCUUAUACUCUGCUUUUCUUUGUUCUAUGUGUGGGGAACUGGGAACUAGGGGUUUUCAUAGUCGGAUUAUUUUCAGUACAAUAGACCUUAUUCACGAUAUGCGAUCUUCGAACGCGCUUAAGGACUGAUGGGAUAAAAGUAAUGUCCGUGGUUUCUCAGGGUGCAAACAAAUGAUAUAUUCUGCCAAUACAAGAAAUCGCAGUCGAGUUUGGUUAUUCUAGACAACCGAAAAUGAAGAGAUUACUAUCUAAAGACGAUAACAGAAAAUUAUGGGUGGAGGUGGUCUCUGCCACUUUUAUCAGGGGCACCCAACGAGAAUAGAUGUCCCUACAGCAGUAAUGACGUAUAACUUGUCGGAACUUGAACUGUACAUUGGCAAGUCUAAAAUCGUCGUCUCGUUUUGAGAGAAUAUACAAACUCAACCGCGAUUGCUCGUAUUGGCAAAUUUUAUCAGUUGUUUGCCCACUUGAAUACCACGUGACACUGCUUUUAUCCCAACAUUCCUAACGCGCGGGCAAAGAUGGCGGUGGGUAUCGUGAAUAAGGUCUUUUCAAGGUUGUCUGGUCUAGUGAAAUAUACAGGUGUAUAAUAGCCUAGCUGAAGGAAUUUAAUACUACAGAGAGUUAAUUUAAUAGCAGACUGUGAAGUUGGCAAUUACCCCAGCUCAGGUUUCUUGCCAUUAUGCCAAAAUUAUCGGAAAUUUCGGUGGCGAAAUAAAUGGAACCGUUCGGUAUCUCCAGAGGUGGUCUUCUUUGACGGGUCUGUCUGGUCUGACCGAAACGUGCUGUUCGUUUUCCAAAAAUUCUCAUUUUCAGCCCUACUUUGCUAAGCAGUAAUCAAAAUUCUGGUCAAAACGCAAAUGGAUCGCUUUGAUUCGAUUCGAACUUUGUUUCAAACGAAGGGUGUCGUUGCCUUUUCUCUCGAUAAUUCCACCAGUUUUUGACUGUUUGGUUUAGCAAAAUGGAAAGCACACUUAGAGUCGGUGACUAUUUUGCUAGGUAUAUUGCUCCGCCGAAAAGAAUGUCUGUGUUGUUAGGUAGGAUAUUAAUUGUUCUAAAAGCUCAGAAUAUCAACAAGAGAGGAUAAACUGGAGAACAUAGAGUAAGUCCAAGAGCGCUGGCUGGGACCCGCACUAUGGGGAAGUCGGUUUCCCUAGGAGUUCGCAUGCGUUGAAUUGUCGUUGUGAUGGUUGUUGGACCAAAAAUUCUGUGAAGCAACAUAGGACAGCCGUAAAAAGGCUGAUUAUAAUUGUUCAGUAUGCUCAGGCAUUCUCCUGUCAUUGGUGAGGUUGCGGUUAAAAAUAUCGAAGGUUCUCUAUAGCUUUGAAAAAUAAUUAUCACAGACUUAAAGCGUUUUAAGUUUGAAUUGCUGUAAGUACUGUCCCUCACGUCUCAUUAAGUAAAAGUUGAAAUUUUAUGAACAGGGCCCAGGGACCGAUGUAUGUACUUUUUAUCCUCUCUUAACAUUAAUCAUCAUGUCGGCGUGCGAUGUAAAAAGUCGAUGCAGUUAAAGAGGUUAUGUCCAAUCAUGGUGUCUUCCACAGUUUUCGAUCAAAUGUACUAGCCGAAAAUAUAACGAGAUGUUCUCGGCUCUCUUUUCUCAUUCUUGGAACUCUAACUGAAAUUUAUCAAAUGAUUCGAAUAAAGGGAAAGAAAGUAUGGUCAUUUUUUUGAGAUUUUUCGACAGCAGAGGAGUUAAACUUGUAAAAGCUGGCUCAGUCUUUUCAAGCAGCCUUUCUGGCCAUCGAAAGGCGAAGACUUUCAGUUAGAGUACUGAUGUAGACCCAUUAUUUCAGAGUUUUCUUUGAUUCCGAUGUGUUUUCAGGGUUUCCAAAUAAUACCGAAACAUCGCGGUGACAUAGCUCCUUUAAUGCUUGCAAAAUAUGCAGAAUAAUUCCUGAUAUACAUAUGCAGCCUUUUCGUUUAGUAUACGACAGUAUAAUCAUAAUAGAGAACAGAACGGCUUGAAUACAAAAGUAUUUUGCAUAAAGUUAAAGGACUGAACGGCUAGUUCUUAUUGAUUUUUCUAAUUAAUAGCUUCUGUGUAUUGUUAUGUGUUGUCAGACUUUUCAUUAAAUUCGUAUAAAACACAACUGAACCUGUGAAUGUACUACAUCUAAAGUGUUUUGACGAUUCAGUGUAACAAGCAUAUCUGAACAGGACGAGAAAAACUAGAUUCCUUGCUGACCAUGCAGGGAAACCGUUCGUUUCUAUACGAAGUCAUUUCAAUAUAAGUCGUUUCGAUACGAGCUCAAGUAAAAAAACUGUACAAGAAGUUCUUCGAUUUCUUAAAGUAUAGUUUGC